AUGGCUCACCAUUACCAACUAUCCUCCCUCUUACUGCUUUCAUUUGUCAAUUUAUGCUUCAUGAAUGGCCACAUAACAUGUGCAACUGCACGUCACCUACUAGAGACGCCCCACCCUGAGAUUCCUAAACCAGAAUUUCCAAAAGUUCCAACCUUGCCAAAGCCUGAGAUCCCAAAUGUGCCGAAGCCUGAGCUUCCAACCAUCCCAAAGCCUGAAAUACCAGCUGUUCCAAAGCCUGAGAUUCCUAUUAUACCAAAACCUGAAGUACCAAUUGUGCCAAAGCCCGAGCUACCAUAUAUCCCGAAGCCCGAGUUACCAACUUUGCCAAAACCUGAGAUCCACGCUAUGCCCAAGCCUAAGUUACCAGUUGCCCCAAAGUCUGAGUUCCCAACUGUGCCAAAACCCGUGCUUCCUACUGUACCGAAGCCUGAGAUCCCAGCAAUGCCAACAACCGAGCUUCCUCCCCUGAAAAAGCCAGAAAUCCCAACAGUGCCAAAGACUGAGGUUCCUCCAGCUAUGAAAAAGCCUGAAGUUUCAGCUAUGCCAAAGCCCGAGGUACCAAUUGUGCCAAAGCCAGAAAUCCCAGAACUACCAAAGCCAAAAAUCUCGGAGCUACCAAAGCCAAAACUACCAAAGCUUCCAACGCUAGAAGUCCCAGCUAUGCGAAAGCCUGAAAUCCCAAAACUGCCUAAACCAAAAGAGAUACCUUUUCCUUCACUUUCUCCACCACACAAACCCACUACUCCUUGA